UGGGAAUCUUGCAUUGAUCCAACAAGGUAAUGGGUACAUCUUUCUUUUGUGAAAGGUCAUGGGAGGGAAUCUUGAGUGUGGGGAUCUUCAGGUGUUCCCGACAUGAUGAAGAGUUCCUUUUGUGCUAAGUAUUGUGUUGAGACAAAGAACAAUCAAAUUCUCUUGUAUUGAGACAAACAAAACUCCAGUUCUGUUUGUAUAAACAAACUCAAGAACAGUCUUAGAGGUUGAGAGGAACAUUCAAGUUCUGUUGAAAAGUGACAUGCAGUCUUUUUAAUCUGUAAAUUCAUCAAUGCUAAGAAGACUCUAUACAUUAAAAAAUAAAGCCCUUUUUACAUUUUUUUUGUUAGUGGCUUGCCCAAUCUUUCGACUGCUAAUUGACCCACUUCCCGUCAGCCUAUGGAGCUGAAACUUGGCACAUAGACUUGUUGCAGAUAACAACACAUUCUUUCAAACUUUCAGCCCCACGUCUUAAAAAUCAGUUUUUACUUUUUCAAAGGGAAGAUAGAGGAAAUAUGACACCACUGAUUUCAUGAAAUAAAAUUCCAGAAAACUGCACUAAAUGUGAAUUGUAAAACUUUUUCAAGUGCGCUUGGUGCAUAAUAUUUUCUUUCGUUUUUCUGAAAUAGUUGGGGAAAUAAAUCUGCUGUGUAAAAGCGGCUGGGACAUUAGAAUAUUAAUAUAAAAUAAAAUAACAAAAAAAGGCAUAUAAAGGAUUCAUACGAAAAACUUUAAGGGAUGUUAAUUUCUUCUCAUUUAAUUUGAACUAACUUCCCUAAGUCUUAGAGAGCAAACAUUAGAUACACAUUUUAGUUGAUUGAAAUCUGUAGAUAUUUUAUGGAUCUUUAAAUAAGCUGUCCUUGAAAAUUUCAACCAACAAAUUAAAAUUUUUAAAAUUGGAUGAAUGGGGGGUUGGGGUAUGGAUUGGAGGGGUGGGGUGGGGGUGGGGUGGUAGAUACAUUGAAAGGGGGUGGGGGAUGGUUGGUGAUGGGGGAAGAAGGAUUUUAUGUGUUCAAAUCAAACAAUAGGAUUUAGUCUUUGUGAAAUACUUAAUUGCUGAAACCUUUUGCCCUCCCUGGAACAUAGGCCAUCUACAAGAAUUUUCUAUGCACCACAUCUUAGGGUUGGCUUCCAGGUGCUCCCCAUACUUUGUGUGUCUGCCUCUAGCUUGCGUCUCCAUGUGUUCUUUGUCCUGCCUCUCUUCCCUUCUCCCUCUAUAUUCCAUGUCGCUGCUUGUCUGGUGAGCCCAAGUUACUUUGUGGAUAUUCUUAUGCUGGAAACGCUGCUCCCAAUAAUGAAGCUCAUUUGCCGUGCAGUCUUUCGCCAUUUUAAUUUCUCUCUCCUAAACCAUGGUGCCCUUUAAUGUUCAUAUCCUAUAUGUACUUUCCCAAUCUUAGCAUUUAAAUCUCCCAUUAGGAUAAUUAGAUCUCCACCUGGAAAUUUUUCUAGUAUAGCUUGUAUUCUAUUGUAGAAUUUAUUAUCCUCCUUACCAUCAUUGCGCGGGUGGAUAGCACUGUAUUAAAUUCAUAUUUAAUUUCUGCUUCUUGGUUCGAAUGCUGCGCUUAUAAUUCUUGGACCAUGGACUUCCCAUCCCAUCAAUCCCCCUUGUGCCAUACUCGUCAUCAUGAUACUGACCUGAGUAUAUUAGUGCUUCUCCCAAGGCCAGUGUGAACUGUCCAGCUUGUGUCCAUCUUGUUUCGCAAAUGCCAAGCAGUGUGAGAUUGUAUGUCUUAUGUAUGCCACUUGUGCUGAUAUUCAUGUUUCUAAAAUUGCUCUAACUUCCCCGAACUUUGCAUAUUGCCCCUUGGCUUUGACGCUUACAGUAUAACAUGGCUUUGGCCGCAAGGCUUCAUGGCUCUUCUUGGGGAAGACGAGCCAUCUGUUAGAAGGGCUGAAAUUUUUUUUUUUUUUUUUUCCACUCUUGUCGAAUAUUCUGUAACAAUUUGUUUUUACCGGGGAGGUAGCUGGACUCAUGCCAACCCUCCUCCUUUUGCACCCAGGCUGGGGACCGGCUUUCAUGGCUCUUCUUGGGGAAGACGAGCCAUCUGUUAGAAGGGCUGAAAUUUUUUUUUUUUUUUUUUCCACUCUUGUCGAAUAUUCUGUAAAAAUUUGUUUUUACCGGGGAGGUAGCUGGACUCAUGCCAACCCUCCUCCUUUUGCACCCAGGCUUGGGACCGGCCAUGGCAGAGUUCUUUGAAACAAUAGUGCUUAUGAAAAUGAGAAAGUAAACCUUACACCCAGCUCCCACCUGCUAAUUAAAGAAAUCUCUUACAUCUAAUUUUUUGCAUUCAUUCUAGCACUGAAUGUAGCCCCCAAAAGAUCCAGGCUAUUGUCAGAGACACUUGCAUGCCCUCUAUGUACUUUGAUGUGAGUGAAUCUUGUGAGCAGCACUUUGAGGACAAACUGGCCAGUUUACGUGAGCACACCUGCCAGACUGUCAGAAGUGCUGAGGAUUCAUUACGGUAGGAAACUAGGGUAUUCACUGCACAAUCUGACCAACUGACCAAAUAAUGUCUUAUUGUGACAGCAGCUAGUAUUUGCCUCUUUCUCUGGAGAUUAUGGGAUUUAAGUUUCCCCAUGGUGGGUUGGGGGAAAGGGGGGGGGGGUGGAGACAAGACCCAGUCUAGUUUUUUCAUUCUAAUUGGAGCUAACUAUGCAAAAUAAACAACCAAUUAAUUUUCUAUUAUUAUCCAAGAGACUUGUCUCUUACCAUUGUUUAGUCAUGAUAUUUGUCUCUUACUCUAAUUGAUUCAUAAGAUUUGUCUUUCACUAGAUAAUCCAUGACAUUUGUGUCCUACUCUAGCUAAUCCAUGAGAUUUGUCUCUUACCUUGGUUUAUUCACAAGAUUUGUCUCUCAUCUUGGUUUAUUCAUGAGGUUUGUGUCUUAUGUUAGGUAAUUCCUGAUAUUUGUGUGUCUUAUGCUAGUUAAUCCAUCAGAUUUGUGUCUUAUGCUAGUUAAUCCAUGUGAUUAUGUCUUAUGUCAGCUAAUCAAUGAGAUUUGUCUCAUGCUAGUUGAUACAUAUUUGUGUCUUAUGCAUGUUAAUCCAUGAUAUUUGUGUCUGAUGCUAGUUAAUCCAAAGGAUUUAUGUCUUACGCUAGUUAAUCCAUGAGAUUUAUCUUAUGCUAGUUAAUCCAUGAUAUCUGUAUCUGAUGCUAGUUAAAUCCACAUCAUUUAAGUCUUACUAGUUAAUCCAUGAGAUUUAUCUUAUGCUAGUUAAUCCAUGAUAUUUGUGUCUUUUUCUUUAAACUGGACUAUAUGAAGCGGUUUUACUGGGAUAAUAGUAGAUACCUUUUCUUGCUAAGUCUUAACAUCUAAAAAUCCAUUUUUUCCGGAAUGUAACUGAAUCAGGUUUUGAUGUGCUGUAUCAAAAAUGCAACAAGAAAAAACAAAAAAACAUCCAAUGCCUUCGAAAUAAAUAUUUAGUUAAUAAUAAAAUAACACUUUCCUUCUUUUCAAAGACAAAUCUCUGCAUAGAUGUUUACGUUUUUCACAUCAUUUGCUUUUGAUAAUUUCCUCUUCUAUAUAAUAUAGGCCAACUCAACCAAUUUUCACCCCUAUGAACUAAAAUUAAAACCUUUCUUGAAAAAUAUAAAAAUACGUCUUUAACUUUAAAAAGAAAAAAAUUAUGUACAAUUUUAAAUAUCUUUUGCAUUAAUGGAUUAAGAUAAAUUGAUAUAUUGACCUGAAAAAUUUACCAAACCUGCUCUUGGCUCCUGAACCAUAUUAUCAGAAAAUCAUUGAAAACAAAACCCUUUUAUUUAAAGACAAAUCUCUUAUCCAGUUUUCACGUCUGAAAGUCAUGUGUUGUUAAAGAUCUAUUCUCAAUCUCCAACCAAUGUCCCAUGCCCCUAAAAUGUAAAAAAAAACCACAAAUAUUUCUUUAUAUUUAAAAAAAAACUUAACCAUAUUUGUCCAGGCCCCUGAACUGUAUUUCUGAGAAAUUAAAAAAAAUAUGUAUCUAAUUUUAAAAAUGAAAUUUUCACACCUGUAAAAUUAUGGGGUUUUUAGAUACUGUUAUCCACAUAAAAAAUAUCCACACUCUUAUUCUAUUAUAAUAGAAUAAAUGACCCGAUGUUAUCGGGAUAAUAAUGGUAUUUUAUCUGCUGCAUAUAUUACGCCGACCCUACUCCCUUUCACACCCCCAAACUACAUUUUCCCCUCUAAACAUGACCUUAAAUUACCUAAUCUAAAAUAUCACUAAUUAUAUCCUUUUUGUCACUAAAGAAGUUAAUUGAGGGAUGAUUUCUAAGCUAGAGAAUUGCUUUAGAUUUUCCCCUUUUCGUGCCCUUGAAUUCCAACUUUAAUUUCUCUAAAAAUUGGGAAAAAAACAUAAUAAUAUCAUAUAAAUAUAUUUCAUAUUAAAGGAAUUUGAUCUAUUGAUAUCUUCAUAAAAAAUGUAACAUACUUUUGCCUUGUUUUUUUAAUUAUACAUUAUCAGAAAAUCUUAAAACAAAGAAUCCUUUUAUCUCAAGAAGAUUCUCGCAAACCGUUUUUCACGCCUAAAACACACUUGAGUGUCUUUUUAAAAAAUUUAAAUUGUUCAUCUCAUAAAAAUACACAUUUCUUGACUUUUUGCAAAGUAAAAACCAAAAUAUAAUUUCAUUUUUUGAAAGUAAAUAUUAACCCAUCUCUGUUUUUCAAAAUUAAUUUUUCAAGUGUGUAAAAUGAUUGGGUUUUGAUAUUCAUGGGUAUACUUAUAUAAAUGUACCCAAAAUUUUUUAACGUCAUUGAUUUUCUUUCUUGGUAAACAUAUGUUUAUUUGUAAAAAGAGAAUGUAACAUCUCUUUUUUCACAAAUGUAAUACCAUCAUAAGAUUUAAAUAUAUUGUCAUCCACGCAAAAAUGUGCACAUCCUUUUUUCUUACCUCAAAAUAUAUGUACCAAAGAAGGUUAAUUAUUUAUCAAAUUCAUUCCUUUGUUUUGCCACGUAUCUUGUUUUGCCUUGGGCAAAAUGAACAUACCCAUAUUUGUAAAAAGAGAAUGUAACAUCUCCUUUUAAAUAUAUAGUCAUCCACGUAAAAAUGUACACAUCUUAUUUCCUACCUACGAUAUGUAUUUACCCAAGAAAAUAAAUUUUUUAUCAAAUUCAAUCCUUUAUUUUGAGAUGUAUCUUGUGCUGCCUGGGGCAAAGUGACCAACCCCUCCCCCCACCCAGAUUUAAAUAAAUUUAGAAAAUCUUCCACUGGAUUGUAGUCCCUUCCAUACCUAAACUAACAUAUUUUACAUUUCAUAUUAUGGUUCGUUCUUAUUUGUAUGAGUUAUAAGUGGAUUAGUGAAUGCUAUUUGGCUAUGGAGUUGCGCUGCACUGAUUGACUUAAACAGCAUUUUCUUAUUAGAAGUAUUUUUAAAGGUUAAGUUUUUAAUUAGUUAUAAAUUUAAUAAAAGUAUAUUUUUGGAAUUAAAAAAAGUUAAAACUUAUUAAAUGUUAAAAAUACAAAGCUAAAAUUGUUGUGUGUUUUAACAAUUUAAAAGAGCAAUCAAUUAAAUUUAUUAAUUUUACUUUAAAGAAGGGGGAAAUACUUUAUCAGUUUUGUAAUAUACUGUUCUUAAAUCAAAGAAACUUAAGAGUAUUGGCUAACAUUGAGAUUUGCACUAUGAUGUUAUUAGCUUUUAUUAAGAAGAAAUUAAUUUUAAUUUUAUAUCCACUAUUAACAGCGCACUAAAAAACGCACUAAAAACAACUGAUUUUGGGGUUUUCCCGAUAAAUGUGAUUACAUGUAAUUCUUAGAUCAUAAUUUUAUUAUUAAUUUUUUUUUCAUAACUUUUAAAUUCGAAUACACUGCUUAAAUAGUUCCUUAAUGUUACUUUAAAUGUAUUUGUAAUUUAUAAUAAUAAUACUUAAAAUUUUACUAAAAAUAAAAGCGGAUUUAAAAUAUAUUUUGCGCAUUUAAAUUUAUUCGAUUUCCGUAAAAUAAUAGAAAAUAACUUGGAUUGUUUUUAGGAAUCCGAACAUACUUAAAUCUUUUCGGUUCUUUGGCGUUAUGUCACUAAAGCUCAUUCUUAUAUAUAUCUUAAAGGAAAUUUUUACAAAAUAUGUGCAAUACAUUUUUGCAAUCCUCAUAAUUAUGUGCCCACCCAUCACCUUUGAAAUGUAUAUAUGAAACAAUUACAAUGUCCUUUCUUUCAAAAAAAAUCGUAUCUACAAUUUUCCCCUUUCCAACUUCAAUGUGUUUGGGGUAUAUGUACACAUAAGCACUUGAUCUGCAUUUUCCAACAUAAUUGUAACACACAUUUAUUUAUUUUGAAAGAAAAUCUUGUUCACCUCUGUAAUAUCAUUGGAUUUAAAUAACUUGAUGUUCACAUAAAAAGUAACACACCCUCUUUCCUCUGACUGAAAUGUAUGUGGAGUAGAAAUUUUAAUAAAUUAUUUCUUUAGUUCUAAAACUAUCUAUACCAAUUUCCAGUGUGUGACCUAUUGUAACUUUGAGAUAUUGCUAUACCCAUCUAAUGCCCCACCCAUUCUGUGGCAUAUCUUGUGCUUUAUCAAGUAACCCCAUUAAUAACGCAAUGGCAGAAUUUUGCCCAACCCUGAACUAUAUUAGUAUUCUAUUGUCCCAACCACCCUUAACCACACAAUAUACUACCUUUCUAUACAUACAUACAUCGCUUAUAUCUGUGUAUUUAAAGAAUGUGGUUAUUUAUUUUUGAAUUAAAAUCCAUACAAAAGUUCAAUCUGUAUCAUUUUCAUGUGUGGAGAUUUUGAUAUCAAAAUUUUACCUAAUUUUCAUCGCCCUUAAAUGAAAAAAACAAGGAAUGUUAAAGUUAAUAGUUCACAAAUUUAUUUUCAAUUAUCUAAUACAAAAAAUUGGGAUACAUUGGUAACUUUUUUUUUUUGGGGGGGGUGGGGGGGAAGGGGGGGGGGGCAUUAUUGCUUGAUCAGCAUUUUUCUAUUUUAACAAAAUUUUUCUAAUGUCAAAUUUUUCCUUGAUUGCAAUUUAAAAAGCAGACAAUCAUAUUUAUUUUAAAUAGUAAAGAGGGAAAAACAUUUUCAUUUUGAUCACGUUAAAAUUAAAAAGGGCUGACAAUUUGCGUGUCAUCUGAGCCAGUAACGGUUAUUGAGAUUAAAUCAAGAACAUCUUAACAUAAAUUUAAAGCGAUAUAAUAAUCGGAUCAAAAGCAUAUUUACAUUUUCAUUUAAGGAAUAGUUACCAUGUUAGGCUUUUUAUACAAAAUACAGUCUCACAUUGAGGUUAAUACUUAAACUUUUAUAAUUCAAAAAAUUAUAUUUGCUUUUAAAUUAAUAAUAAUAUUGAACAAUGACAUUAUUGUGUCAAUCGCCUUGUAUUAGGCACCUGUGGAAAACUGGAAAAACUGAUAUCUUAAGUUCACUUCAAAGUAGCAUAAACUUAUUUAACUCUCACAAUUGGAGAAAUAAUUCAAAUAAUGAUUUAAUUAUUUUUGUUCUUACUUAUAAUACUAAUACUUAUAUUGCUAAGAAUACAUAUAUUUAUUUCCUUAUAAGCAUAUUUAUGAAUGGGACUUAAAUUGGUUUGAUUUUCCUUAAAAUGAAACAUAAAUUUCGAACAUUAAAUUUAAGAAAUCCCUUUAGUGAAUAAAUGUUAUUUUUCGCGGCUAUUGAUCACAAUUUAUGCACUGUUAGGUUCCGUUUUAGGGCAUUUUAUAUUGUGUCCUAUUGAAAGAAUAACAUUGAUAGCCUAGCUCAUUCUUAUACCCAUGCAAAAUUUUUUUAAAAAUCUUUUUUUUAAAAACAAGACAAUUUUCCAGCAAAAUCUUUUCUUUUCUUGCCCACACGGAUAAAAUUUAUAUUUUUUCAUGAGAUGUAGCUUCGAGAUGUAGGUUUAUCCAUGAUAUUUGUUUCUUAGGCUUGUUAAUUCAUGAUAUGUGUCUCUUAUCUUGGUUUUAUCAUGUUAUUUGUAUCUUACAUUGAUUUAUCCAUGAUAUUUGUCCCUGACCUUGGUUUAUCUAUGAGAUGUGUCUCUUAUCUUGAUUUAUCUAUAAGAUGUGUAUCUGACUUUGGUUUAUCUAUGAGAUGUGUCUCUUACAUUUAUUUAUCUAUGAUAUUUGUUUCUUACCGGGUUUUAUCCAUGAGACUUGGUUAUUCAUUAUUAUUAUUAUCAUUAUUACAGUUUUUUUAUAUAGCGCAGUACCCCAGCCUAGGGGCUGGGCUCACCGCACUUCACAUAAAAAUAUUGGCAAAAAUAAACAUGACAUUAAAAAGUUAAAAUAUUCAUCCCGACCACCCCCAGAACUAUGUCAACUAUGGCCCCCAGCAGCUUCGUUUCUCGGUGAGAGUGUGGUGAGAAUCAGUCAGGAUAGUACAGUUUGAAGAGAUGUGUCUUGAGCGCAAUUUUGAAUUUAUUUUGUGUCAGACUCCUACUCUGUUGCCUGAUGUAUAACAUGGCAUUGGUGUGAAAGUAGCAAACCUGGAAAAGAUAAAGGUUCUAAAAAUGCUGGAAAGAAACCCUAUCCUAUUUUUAAACAGUCCAUUCCUCUUUCUGCAGAGAGAAGUGUACAGAGAAUGAAAUUGAGAUCCUUCUUGCGGGUUCCUGUGAGUCCUUGAGGCAUUUAGUUUUUAUCCACAAGCAUUUGAUGGACUCUGCGCCAACAUGUUACGAAC